AUGCCAUCAAAAGGUCACUGGACACUUAACCCAAGAAAAUGGUUUGGCACACUUUCUAGUGCUUCACAUAAAUCGAAUAGAAAAUCUCAAAUAAUGAAUUCUGCAGCACCGACAAGAGCCACAGUAGUAACAUCAACACCAGCACCAGCACCAGCAACAACAAUAACAACAAGAAAAAUGCCAGCAACACUGACAACAACUCCAAGACUUUUGACAGCAAGAAAUAGAAUAAAGACAAUGCCAACUUCUUCUAUAAAUGAUAAUAAUUCUUUAAAUCCUGUAUCAUCUUACACACAAUUUCAAUUACCAGCAUUUAAUAUGCGACGUGAAAAGUCUUCAACAUUAUUAUCAUCAUCAAACUUACUUAAUCAUGCAAAUGCAUUAGUACCAAAACGUACUGAACCAUCCAUUCGUAAAAAUGCUCAAUUAAAUGAAGAACUUUCUAUAGAUGCAACACGAUAUAAUACUGAACAAACAGUUAAUGAUAGAUCAAAAUUUCUUUCAUCGUCCUAUGGAAAUUUUCUUCAACAAAAUUCAAUUGAUCCACAACAAUCAGAAAUCAAUAUAUCAAUUUUAUCCAAUGAAUGUAUAGUUAACUAUCCUCACAGUUCAUCAAAUAAUUUUACUGAAAAAUCUCAAUUAUCAACACAAACACGUUCAUCAUCAUCUAUGGAUGAUAAUGAUAUGCGUGAUGAAUCAACAUCAAGUGGUAUAUUUACUGAUGAACGUACCGAUACAAAUGAUGGCCCUUGUCUACCAUUAAAAGAUACAUUAUCUACCAUAGAUAUUCUUUCAGUUGAAGCUAUUGAUGAUUCUCAAACAUCAUUAAAUCAUUAUCAAUCUCAUUCAUUUGUACCAUCUUAUCGUUUACCAGCAUCAACAUUGGAAACAAAUGAUAAUAAAUCACCACAAAUACAACGUCAAAAACUUAUUAAUCAUUCUCAUCGUAUAUGCAGUGCAGAAGAUCUUCUCAAAUAUAAUCAGAUACAUACUCCUAUAAUAACAAAAACUCGUCAAUCAUCAGCAGCUAUUGUUAAAAAAAUCGAAAAACGUAUUCCAACAAGUCGAUCACCAAGUGCAACAUUAGAAAAAGCUGGUUUUGUACGAAUUGCGAAUGAUACAUAUCGGUUAACGACGGAUAAAGAUAAUCAUUUAUAUCGUCGACAACGUCGAAAUUCUGUUGUACAAUAUUCGAACCAUGAUGACUCACUUCCACCAGCUAAUGAUGAAGAAACUUAUGCAACAAUACCACGUACCAGUUCUACCGAACAAUUGAAUGAUAAUUUACAAAAUGAUGUACGUGCUCUUGUUGAUGAUUGCCUACGACCAAUAGCUGCUUCAAUUAAUAAAACACCUGAUAGACCAAGAAAAAAUCAUCAUCGUUCAAAACGGUCUCAUGCUAAUAAUGAGCCUAUACAAAUAAAUAUUGACGAUAUGAUUGAUAAAUUAUUAUCCAGUGUCGACUGUUCGGCUUAUGCACAAUACCAACGAUGUUAG